GCGCGCUUCACCGUCGCUGCCUUGCUUAAUACAGCGUGUGGUCUCUCGCGAAGGUCACUCCCUUUCACCCUAGCUAGGAUGGUUGAGACGGAGACGCCAAGGCUUCGGCGCAUGGCGGGUCACGAUGCCGAGCUUUAGAACUGCUGCGAACACCGUCGCCAUCAUCUGCUAAGCGCUGGGCAGCGGCGUGCUCUUUUGUACUCUGCUUCCACCUCCGCCUCUGUCUAUAUGUAUCGGUCGCCACAAUGAGCGCUGCUAAGCGUCUGCGGGCCAUUCUCCUGCUCGUUUCCGUCAUUCUCCUUUCUUUCUUCGCCCUUUUGACCGUCUUCAGCGACUCGUAUCGGGACGCGCCGGGCCCCUUCGAUGCUGGUCAGCACGAUCUGCCCCACGGGGCGCCUCCUGCGGGUGCGGGGAAGAUUGUGGAGAGCGCGAAGGUCGCGUCCGAAGUCGCGCACUCGAUCGCACAGGACAGCUCCCGUCCAUCCGUCUCUCCUACAUCCGGUGGUGACGGGCAGCCCCGGCUCGCCAACGCGACCUUCGUCAUUCUCGCACGCAACUCCGAUCUCGAAGGCGUCGCCAAUAGCAUCCAAGAGAUCGAGCAGCGCUUCAACGCGCGAUUCCAUUACCCUUACGUGCUUUUGAACGACAAGGAGUUUACGACGGACUUCCGAUCAGCGAUCGCCAAUGCUACACCUUCCCUGGUAGAGUUCGGGCUUAUCCCUUCGGCGGACUGGGUUCAGCCGGACUGGAUCGACGAGGGAAAGGCCUCUGCGUCACGAGCGAAGAUGGUUGAGGACGGUGUCAAGUACGGAGGGGAUGUAACCUAUCGCAACAUGUGCCGUUUUAACUCCGGGUUCUUCCAUCGACAUCCACUCAUGCAGAAGUACAAGUACUACUGGCGAAUCGAGCCCGACGUUCACUUCCUCUGCGACAUCCACAACGACCCCUUCAUCUACAUGCAGGAGCACAACAAGACAUACGGCUUCACCCUCGCGGUGCACGAGAUUCGCGCGACGAUUCCCACCUUGUGGGACACGGUCACUGCGUUCACGGACCGGCAUCCAGAGUACGUCGCGCAGGACAACGCCAUCGACUUUAUCUCCAACGACGCCGGCCGGAACUACAACGGGUGCCACUUCUGGUCCAAUUUCGAGAUCGCCGAUAUGGAUUUCUUCCGCGGCGACGCGUACUCGGAGUACUUCGACUUCCUCGACAGGUCGGGCGGCUACUACUACGAGCGCUGGGGCGACGCACCCGUGCACUCUAUAGCGGUCUCUCUCUUCCUCAACGCCUCGCAACUUCACUUCUUCGACCCCAUCGGCUACCAGCACGACGACUGGCGACACUGUCCACUUGACCGCUCGACGUACGACGCCGGCAACUGCUCCUGCGACUACCUCAAGGAGUUCGACUACUCCGGGGGCUCGUGCAAAGCGCAGUGGGAUCACUUCGUGCGUACGAACGGGCUGGAUAGACAAGAGAUCGCCGUGCCCGAGUGGUAGCUGGUAACCCGCGACAUAUUGUACGAGUAAGUUAUUUGUAUUGUAAUGGUGCUUGCUUUCCUUUUCCCAACUACAAUAAACUGGACUCUACAUCGCGCACAUGACUCCCGGGACUUCACUUAUCCUUUGGCAACCGGACCUCUAGCCCCUCCAAGGAACGCAGCUUCCUGUAUGUAUCGGGGGCCAACCGUUGCUCGGCUCGGUAGGAGAAUUCGAAGGCGCGCAAGCACUCCACCUUGUCGGAACGGACGCGCGAUUUCACCAUCCGGCACAACUUCCCCUCU